AUGGAAUACGUCGAGCCCAUACACCGCGCCACCAUCAGGUUCUGCGUUCCCAGUGCCGUCGGCCAGCGCGAACCUUCCGGUAUACGCAGUACCGUAAUAAUGCAAUGUAGCGCGCCUUUGGAGGUCCGCGGAGUUGGGCAGCGCAGGCGUCGCGGUCUCUUCUGUUGCGCGCGUUACAUGACGGCAGCGUCUGUGGCCUUCCAUUGA